CGAAGUCAUUACGAGGCCAGUUCCCAAUAUCGAGACCACCACUUCUGGCACUUCUGGCACAGCAGGGGCCGCCGCCGCUUCUGAUUCGCCCGCCAGCCGAAAGUCAUCGCGCAACCGUGGGAAAGGUCAUCCCAAUCUCCUCGCUCGUCUCUGUCGUUGUCGCUGGAUCCCUUUCGGCCUUCACUCCCAUCUCCCCAUCUCCCUCUUGUCCCUCCCGCACCGCACCACGCUGCCGGCAACAGUGUGCGCGUGAAAGAGUCGAAGCCACCGCGCUUUUGGACCUGCUGCACUUUUGGAGCGUUUCCGGCCACUUGCUCUCUCCGUUUCGCGCUGCGACUCCGCCACGUCAAAGCCUUCCUGAGCAAACGCCGAGCCAUCCUACGACCAGCGAGAACGACAAACGCGCACUACCACCGCCGCCGUCCAUCUCGCCGCCUGACUGUGCCUGCCGCAGCGCGGUCAGUACCAGAACGGCCUCGAAGUCGCCCGCGCACCUGCCGUCACCGACUUCCGCGUUUGGUCUCAGUGCGCGCCGUCACCUACGCACUCUUUCACCACCACAACAACACCACCAGGGCAGAACUAUUCACUUAGCUUCGUCCCUCACUACGCUCAUCACUUAAUACCCACUUGCCGCGAGCAUCGCUCGUCACCGCCACCUCGACUUCCGCACGACCGACACUGCAAACGAAACAACUGCCGGAAGUUGCGACCCUGAGACACGACCUGUGAAACACCGAGCACUCACUCGCAGCCUCGACAGAUUCCAUCAAGACAUUUGUUGAUUGCUGAAAUCGCAUGGUACGAGGCCAGUAAACUUGCACCGCUCGAGCAGGUGCCUGGUCUUUGUCGGUGCGCUUGAAGAGAGACCGGUUGCACUCACGCACCGCGUCUCCGCUUCCGCCUCUGCAACUGCAAUCAUGCCAGGCUACUAUCAGCGGCCCAUGGCCGGUCAACAGCCACUGACACCGCCCGACUCUGAUUCCGGCUAUGGAUACAGCCACAUGCACUACGGUCAAGACCUGUAUUCACAAGCACAGAGCCAGUGUCGGCAGGACAGUACGUACGACUACCAGCCACAGAGUUACAUGCAGCCAGCAGUCGCCCCAGCGCCACCGACAUAUCAGUACCAACCGCCGAGCUACCAGAACUCCACAAGUUUGCCGCCGAUUUCGAACUUCUACGAUCCCGUGGCCGCGCCGAUUCUACCACCCUUGAGGAUUCACGAUCGUCUGUCCUUCACCGACGACUAUCAUCAGCGACUCCAGCAAGAAGAGCAGUCCCAGCGCGCGCGCGAGCAGCAACGACAAGCAGCCAAGGACGAAAAGGCCACCGGCGGAGUGUCAGCGCAUCUCGAUUACGAGAUGGACAGUAUGACGGAUUUUGUGACACAGGCUGUGACCUCCAUGUAUGCCUACCACCAAUCCCCCAUCAGCUUGGCUGAUAUUGACAUGACUCGAAGCUUUCAACUUCGGCAGCCCAUCUCACCACAGUUUCGCAAGUGGGUGCACCAGGUGCUCUCGGCGACACGUCUGCCCGCAGCUACGAUUCUUCUCAGCUUGUACUACCUCAACGACCGCAUGAUCAGAUUCGCAAAGACCAUUGUCCCCGGCGACAACGAAAUCUACCGACUUCUCGCGGUUGCACUCAUUCUCGGCAGCAAGUUUCUGGAUGACAACACCUUCAUCAACCGAUCUUGGUCCGAUGUGACUGCUAUCAAGGUUACCGAACUCAACAAGCUGGAAGCCUACUGGCUCGAGUUGUUGGGAUGGCAUUUGCACAUUGACCCAUCCGUUGGAAGCGUCAAUGGCAACAGCUUCAAGUCGUGGUCUCAGGCAUGGGAGUCACACAAGGCUAAAAUGAUUGCCAAGCAGAUGCCUGCACGCCUGUCACCGCUUGACACGAACCUGCAUCGCCAUUCUCACACCAGCGCGAGCCACGAUCGGUACUCCCCGUACCCAUCGCCUUACACCACUGCCUCGACUCGGUCAUUUGAGCAGCCUCAGCCACUGUCUGCGACCCUGUCCGCGCGCUCCUCGCAGUUCUCUACACCGUACAGCUCAGCUGACCCGUGGGCCUCAAGCACACGAAAGGUUGAUGACUACUACAAGUCAACUUCCCGGUAUGAUGCCUAUGCUGCUGAGGUCGAAGAAGCGAACCGUCGUGCUGCGUCCGAGGAACGUGCUCGCUACCAGUACGCUUCGAAUGCGCACCAGUCCUACUAUCAGACGCCACCCUACAUCUCUGGUUGGGAUACUGGCUCAUGGAAUAAUCACCGCUAUGACUGCGGCUGUCAGACCUGUGUCUACCAGCAACACUAUCGGAAUUAUCCAAUGAGCUCGACGUACGCGCCGCAGCCAGUCAUGGGCUGAUGUUGCGGCGAAUUGUCGUAACAUGGAUACGAUAUAUCCAAAACCAUCGCGCAAAUAUGCGCUUCCUUCUGGAGCCUUUCUUGCAGCGUUCUCGCCCUCAUCAAAAGUUCGACUCCACCGAAUCCGACCACGUCGGAAGAUCAUGCCGCGUUCUUCCUGCAUAAAGUUUUAGUACUCUGGGCUCUGUUUCAACGAUAUGAUUUAUGCGACGACCAUCACCGUUGGCUUGAUUGGUUGGUCGCAGUUCACAUUCACGCAUUAUUGCAUGCAUGCAUGGUCCUUCACGUCUGGGAACCGACGGCCUCAAUACCUUCGCGCCAAGGUCACCAUACAUCAUGUCUACUCGCCCCCGGCAUUACGAGUAGACUCUUGCUUUCGUUCUUCGGCGGUCGAUGUUUUUCCCUCACGGAUUGUUUUUUUCUGUUACGUAGCAUGGGCAUCGGAUUUGGGGGAGGAAAGACAAUUCAUGGGGUCCUCAUUGUCACUAUUAUUCGAACCACAGCACGGCGUUUUACAAAAAGGGGAACUGGGAUUAAAAGGGUCUGGGGGAAUUCGACAUGGGGGAAAGAUUUUACCGCGAGCGAAAAUGCGUUGUUUGCUGCUUUUUUUUUAUGACGUCCUGAAUGCACAUGGGUUUUGUGGGAAGAGAAGAUUGAGAAACAAGACAAAACAGCGAAUGCAUCUCGAGGACUGCGAUGGAUAGAAGGAGGGAUCCGCAUCGCUGCUUUGCUCUCUUCUUUUCCGCUGUUAUCCACACGCAGAGAAGUGCGUUGUCUUUUUUGCAUUUCCAUUGCGCUGCUGCUAAAAGAUACCACUUUUUUCGUUUUCGCAUCAGGGACAUGGAGAUACAAUUUUAUUCACGAUCGCUUUUUUGAGGACUUUGAGGAAAUGCUUUGCUUUGGAGCCGCUUGGGAGAGAGAGAACUGAGAGAGAGAGAGAGGAGAUACCCCCCACGCGAAGUCAUUGACAUCAACAACAACACGAAAGAAACUACAACAACAACAACAAUAAAAUUUUGGCAAGGAUAGAGGCAAAAAUACUAGGAAC